AUGGGGAAUGUGCUAUAUCAGAUUUUGACAUACAACUCCAUUGAGCAAGCAGAAUCGCCGAUCACUCCCAAAUCAAUUGCUGAAAUGGCUAUAAAAUCGCGCGCUGCACUUGGUGCUGCAACUGCACCGCUUAUCGCGCAGCUAUACGACACGCUUGAAGCUGAUCCUACUCGCUUCACACACCCGCUGAUAGUGGACAAUAUGUUUAAGAACACUGUCACGAUCUCCAACCAAAGUCGUGUUCCACUCUAUACGCCUGAUUUCGGCCACUGGAUGCCCGAGUUUGUAACCUUGAGCCCCGAAUUCCAGCUGGGUGUGAUAUGCAUUAUACCUGUGCACCCUCCUAGCAACGACCUCCAUGUCGCCUUUGCCGAGUCAGAGGCGGUCCUUGGACAUGUCUGCAUGAACAAGGCGUGGCAAGCAUUUCUGAGACAGCGUGCUGAGCAAGCAAUUGCUGUCUCUUGCAAGCUGCACAGCAGGGAUGUUUCGCCGCCAGUCAUCUUCCGGCUAGCCUUUUCCUCUAUUUUCUCUAGCAAUACAUAUCUCGUUUCUGAUUGACUAGUGGUGAAGAAGGCAUAUAUCUGCUACCAGCGAUAAUAUCCAGAGUUGUUG